AUGGCAUCAAAAAUACCUUCUCGCAAACACAGCGCUAUCAAUACAUGGUUCAACCCGUAUGGCAGACCUACACUGCGCUCCCUCAUGGGAACCGUGAAUGCAUACGAGAUGCAGGAAAUGGAAUGGGGUAUCAAGGCAUCGAUAAAGUCCUAUGAGCGUGAGCUUCGACAAUGUGAAGACGACAAAGACGUGUGGAUGGGAUCUGCUAUGGAUCUCGAUCUCAACCUGCCUAUCAGUGCAGGGAGUGGAACAUAUGGCUGUGUAGACAGCGCAAUGGCAAAUAACGAGGAGAUCGGACCCCUGGCCAUCAUUCCGAUGAUGAACUGCAGUGAGGCCCGGCAGUACCAGUACCAGUCGCCGAAAAAAAGGAAACUUGUUUGUAGCCUGCACAAAGGCAUUAACAAGUAUAUCAAUAAUCACUGCAAGAGGGAUCAUGCCAAUACUGACCAGUUAUGUGAGCGCAUGUACAUUGCACUCCAAGCUGCAUUGCUAGACGUAGAUGUUGAUGAUAUCAUGCUGCCUGACGCAGGUUUGGACCAAGCCCAAGCUGGAAAACAUAGUAAGCUUCAACAGGGCUACCUCAUCUCACGUGAGGUUGCACAAUGA